AUGCCCAGAAAAGUAGCACCAGCUCCGCCAGACUUCACAACACCGCCGGGUACUGUGCGGUUAAUUGGUGAGGAUGGCAUUGCCGAAACGCCUCAAUUAGUGAAGCAGCCGAUGCCGACUGACAACCCCAACGAUCCUUUAAACUGGUCGCGUGCUCGCAAAUCCAUGAACUUUGUCCCUAUUCUCGCAGUCACAGCAAUCAUCUUUACCCAAACUUCCUUACCACUGAUCUUCUGGGUCCUUUGGAACCAAGAAUUCGGAUGGUCGUACGGCCAGCUCAACAACGCUAACGCCCUCAACUAUGUCGGAACCACUGUUGGCUGUAUCCUCUUUAUCCCCCCAGCGGUGAAGUACGGACGUCGAUCGAUGUACCUGCUUACGACGGCCAUCAUCUUUGCCAUGGCUAUCUGGUCGGCGCGUAUGAAGACACUGGCAGAACUAUAUAUAUCCCAGUUGAUAUUUGGACUGGCUAGUGCGACCAACGAGAGUAUUGUUGAGAUGACGAUUGCUGAUUUGUAUUUCGUUCAUCAACGCGGUAGUGCGAAUGGCCUAUACAUGGUCAUGGUUAUGAUUGGUAGCUUUCUGAGCCCCGUGAUUGCAGGAUACAUGGCCGCGAAUGGAAACUGGAGGCUCUGCUAUUGGAUCACCACGGCAGUCGAUGGUGCCCUCCUACUGUACUUCUGUUUCUUCUUCGAAGAGAGCAAGUAUAUACCCCGUCUCGAAGCUCAGCAACUGUCCUCCGAAGUUCCAACUUCUAUCCCGGCUUCGAAAAAGGACAACACCUCGGAGACACAGACAGGUGAAAUGAGCACGUGCGUCACUUUGGAAACAUCGAAUGCCCCGUUACAUCGAAUCAACUCUGAUGUACCGCUUCUUACAUGGCGUCAACGCAUGCGCCUUGUCACAAGAACCGACGAAAGCCUAUUUGGCAUCAUCCGGACAGCUCUCGUUAUCUUGUUUCGCUUCCCAGCAGUCAUGUACACAGCCCUCACAUAUGCCUUUUGCCUCUGUUGGAUUUCAGCUCAGGCGUCGAUUAUAUCUAUCGUUUUCACACAGCCACCGUAUAACUUCGGCACUGUCGGGGUUGGAAACAUGAGUUUGGGAGUCUUUUUAGGCUGUCUUCUUGGAUCGGCCUACGGCGCAGUUUCCGAUCGAGUUAUUCUUUGGUUCACAAGAAAGAACUACGGAUAUUACGAACCGGAAAUGCGUCUCCAGCUGAACCACUUCCCAGCAGUUUGUAUGAGUGGUGGCUUUGUCAUGUUCGGUAUCACUACAGCAAAGGGUAUGCAUUGGAUCUAUCCAAGCAUUGGGAGCGCCAUCUUCGGUUUCGGCCUUGGUGGUCUGAGUGAUGUUGCGCUUUGCGUGACUAUCGAUAGCUACCAAGCGAUCACUGGAGAAGCAUUUAUCGGUGUCGCUUUUAUGCGUAAUGCCUUUAGCAUCGCAAUUUCGUUCGCGCUCGUUCCAUGGCUCGAUGCUCAAGGCCUACAGAACAUGACAAUUGUCAUGGGGCUAUGGGCACUGGCUAUGGCUUUUCUUCAUGUACCAAUGAUGAUCUGGGGCAAAAGAAUCCGUGAGAAGACUGAGGCGAGUUACAAGAGGAUGGCGACAGGGACUAGAGUGUAA